AUGGUCGUCGUUGGCACGGAUAGUCAUGUCCGUUUUCUAUGGAUAUGCUCGUUCGUACUCUGGGGUCUGUCUCUGAUAUUGACAUAUCUAUCGUCCACUCUGCCGCUGUUCGACUCAUCGUCCAACGUUGUCUUGACGUCGUCUGAUGCGUUGUGGUACCAGUUCGCCAUCCGACCAUUUCUUCGUUGGGAUACCUUCCACUUUGCGCACAUCGCUCGCCAUGGCUAUGUCUACGAGCAUGAAUGGGCUUUCUUUCCUGGUGCGCCUCUUGUGAUGCGGACAGUAGCCCGCUUUCUGCACUUCGUCUGCAAGGAUGAAGGCCAGCUUCUCAGCUAUGAGGACCUACUCUUUGGUGGCAUGGUCGCUGCUCUAUCGUGUGGUAGUGUGAUUAACCUCUAUCGGUUGACCUUGCAUCAUAUGCGUUCUCCGAAUGUGGCCCUUCUCGCCUCGCUGUUAUCGCUGCUCCCGAGCAGUCCGGUCACCCUUCGUCUGGCUCCGUCUACCGAACCGUUCUUCACAUACCUGUCAUAUAAAGGCAUGUUGUACUGUGCUACCGGGCAAUGGCUCCUGGCGUCGGGAUGCUUUGCCGUCGCGUGCAUGUUCCGCUCCAACGGCAUCAUACUCGCAGGAUUCAUGAUCUGGGGGAUGCUCGUCGAGCCCUUCCUCAGCUCACGCAAGAUCACCAUCACCAGACUUCUCCGUAGUGUCGUCCUGACCUCCACUAUACUAAUGCCCUUCGUAUGGCACCAAUACUCAGCCUAUAUCGCAUUCUGCACCAUCGUGACCCCCGCUCCAUGGUGCUCGCACGUCCCGCCUUUAAUAUACGGCUAUGCCCAGUCCAAGUACUGGAACGUCGGCUUCCUGCAGUACUGGACUCCCGAGCAACUUCCGAACUUCCUCAUCGCCUCACCGCCCCUCGUUCUGCUGCUCAGCUACUCAGGACAUUACUUGCAGCGCGCUCUCCUUCCUCGACUACGCGCAUCCCUAAUAUCACAACACAUCCCCGAGAAGGACGGCUCGAAGACGCAAAGCGCCUCACCCUUCCUCGCUCCGUCCAUAGCACCACACGCGAUCCACGCCCUGAUCCUCACGCUCACGCUACUCUUCGCCGCCCAUACGCAGAUCGUCCUCCGGCUCGCGGCCUCGAUGCCAUUCACGUACUGGGCCGCUGCGUGGCUCCUCGUCGAACACCGCCGGUGGGGCAUGUACUGGGUCAGCUGGAGCCUCGUCUGGGGGGCGGUGUCCAUUAUUCUCUGGACGACGUUCUUGCCACCUGCAUAG